AUUUGAAAUAAGAGCCAGGCAGCCCUCGCUUCCCUGCGCCCGACUUUUCAUAGGCUGGGGACAAAUUGGUUGAGAAACUUGACAUUGUCUUGGGCCGAGUGCGUGUAGCGACAGAUCAAAGAAAAAGAGGGCGAAAGCGUGCUCUUCGCUGCCGGUGGAUUUCGCUCCGUUGCUUUUGUCUUGGGCUCCUGUUGGCUUUGCUGUCUCCCCGGGAAGACUGCAGCGUGUGCUCCCAUGAAGCUCGCUCCCUGCCGGAUGGGUCAUGGGAUUCUAAACAUGAGGCAGAUAGCUGAUCAGCUUCCUUGGAUUUUGCUGAUGACACCGGAGAGCUUUGCCUGAAGAUGGAAACACUGGAGUCGGAGCUGACCUGCCCUAUUUGUCUGGAGCUCUUUGAGGACCCUCUCCUGCUGCCCUGCGCACACAGCCUCUGCUUCAACUGUGCCCAUCGCAUCCUGGUGUCACACUGUGCCACCAACGAGCCUGUGGAGUCUAUCAGCGCCUUCCAGUGCCCCACGUGCCGGCAUGUCAUCACGCUCAGCCAGCGAGGUCUAGACGGGCUCAAGCGCAACGUCACCCUGCAGAACAUCAUCGACAGGUUUCAGAAAGCCUCAGUGAGUGGGCCCAACUCCCCCAGUGAGACCCGCCGGGAGCGGGCCUUCGACGCCAACACCAUGUCCUCUGCCGAGAAGGUCCUCUGCCAGUUCUGUGACCAGGAUCCUGCCCAGGACGCUGUGAAGACCUGUGUCACUUGCGAGGUGUCCUACUGUGAUGAGUGCCUGAAAGCCACUCACCCGAACAAGAAGCCUUUUACAGGCCAUCGUCUCAUUGAGCCAAUCCCGGACUCGCACAUCCGGGGGCUGAUGUGCCUGGAGCACGAGGAUGAGAAGGUGAAUAUGUACUGUGUGACCGAUGACCAGUUAAUCUGUGCCUUGUGUAAACUGGUUGGGCGGCACCGCGAUCAUCAGGUGGCAGCUUUGAGUGAGCGCUAUGACAAAUUGAAGCAAAAUUUAGAGAGUAACCUCACCAACCUUAUUAAGAGGAACACAGAACUGGAGACCCUUUUGGCUAAGCUCAUCCAAACCUGUCAGCAUGUUGAGGUCAAUGCCUCACGUCAAGAGGCCAAAUUGACAGAGGAGUGUGAUCUUCUCAUUGAGAUCAUUCAGCAAAGACGACAAAUUAUUGGAACCAAGAUAAAAGAAGGAAAGGUGAUGAGGCUUCGCAAACUUGCUCAGCAGAUUGCAAACUGCAAACAGUGCAUUGAGCGGUCGGCAUCACUCAUCUCACAAGCAGAGCACUCUCUGAAGGAGAACGAUCAUGCCCGCUUUCUGCAGACAGCGAAGAACAUCACCGAGAGAGUCUCCAUGGCAACUGCAUCUUCCCAGGUCCUAAUUCCUGAAAUCAACCUCAAUGACACGUUUGACACCUUUGCCUUGGAUUUUUCCCGGGAGAAGAAAUUGUUAGAAUGUCUGGAUUACCUUACAGCUCCCAACCCUCCCACAAUCAGAGAAGAGCUCUGCACAGCUUCGUAUGACACCAUCACCGUCCACUGGACCUCAGAUGAUGAAUUCAGCGUGGUCUCCUACGAGCUCCAGUACACUAUAUUCACUGGACAAGCCAAUGUUGUUAGUCUAUGUAACUCGGCUGACAGCUGGAUGAUCGUGCCCAAUAUUAAGCAGAAUCACUACACGGUGCAUGGUCUGCAGAGCGGCACCAAGUACAUUUUCAUGGUCAAGGCCAUCAACCAGGCGGGCAGCCGCAGCAGCGAGCCUGGGAAGUUGAAGACAAACAGCCAGCCAUUUAAACUGGAUCCCAAAUCUGCUCAUCGAAAACUGAAGGUGUCCCACGAUAACUUGACAGUAGAACGUGAUGAGUCGUCAUCCAAAAAGAGCCAUACGCCUGAACGCUUCACUAGCCAAGGGAGCUAUGGAGUGGCUGGAAACGUGUUCAUUGACAGUGGCCGGCAUUACUGGGAAGUGGUCAUAAGCGGAAGCACAUGGUAUGCCAUUGGCCUUGCCUACAAAUCAGCCCCGAAGCACGAAUGGAUUGGGAAGAACUCUGCUUCCUGGGCCCUCUGCCGCUGCAACAAUAACUGGGUGGUGAGACACAACAGCAAGGAAAUCCCCAUCGAGCCCGCCCCACAUCUCCGCCGUGUGGGCCUCCUGCUGGACUAUGACAACGGAUCCAUCGCUUUCUAUGAUGCUUUGAACUCCAUCCACCUCUACACCUUCGAUGUGGCAUUUGCGCAGCCUGUGUGCCCCACCUUCACCGUGUGGAACAAGUGUUUGACGAUUAUAACUGGUCUUCCUAUCCCAGACCAUUUGGACUGCACAGAGCAGCUGCCCUGAGCAUCUGGCCAUCAGAGCUGCUUUCUGGGGGAAUAAUAGAGUUUGAGGCCACUAUUUAGGGGGUAGAAAAAAACACAGGCUUCAAGAGUGUGAUUAAAUAUCCUUAGAAAGUGACUAGAAAUCAGCUAAGACAAGGCUCAAAAUAGAUUUCUUUUCUUUUACCGUGUUUUAUAUUAAGUGCAGGCUUUAAUAAUUUCUUUAAUUUUUUUGUAUUUACAGGAAAAUCUAUAGAUUAUUUAUAAAAAGAAUCAUAAUCGGGAUUACAACUCUUACGAAUUACUUGGUUUUGCACAUGAAGAGGCUCGUGAGUUUACCAGCUCUUACAGGUUUUGUUUCAUCACAAACAUGGGCCUGCAAAAAGAGCAACCACCACCACCACCACCACCACACACACACACACACACACACACACACACACCUUUUGUAAAUUUGUAUGUUUAAACACCUCACGUAGUAUUUUAUACUGAGCCCAUGGUAGGUCCUAUCACUUCAACAGUGCAUAACAGAAUAUGCAGCUGUUUUAAAGAUAAAAAUAAUUUUGAACCUAGUAGGCAAGUAAACUGGCUUUCUUGCUCUGGUUUAACUUGAAGUGUUUUAGCUAUAAUGUAAAAAAAGUUUUAAAAGUCAUAUAUUGGAUCAACUAGAAUGGAGAGUAAGUGAGAGAGAAUGGAAGUAAUUGACUUUGGACCUCAGAAUUAGCCAUGGCUCAAUCUUUACCCUCUGAUGGCUGAUGGGAUUAUGUUGGAAAGAAAGGUUCCGAAACCUUUGCCCAUGCUUCCCCAAUUUUUUGCAGGGCUAAGGACUCUGAGCUACCAUUAUGAAUGAGAUCGCAAUUGAAAAUAGUCACUUUGAGUACUACAGAUUAAUAAAAAAUUCAGGCUGAUUUGUGUUUUAUCAGAAGUAGGAUUUUGUCUCAUGGUAUAAAACUACUUCAUUCUUCCUCCUAAUAGUUUCCUUAGAACUGUGAAAUAUCUUCACUACAUUUAAUAGUUGUCCUGUUUCCCCCUCCCCCAAAUCAAGUUUUCUUUUGGGACUAAGGGAAUGAACGUGUACUGUCACAAGUGACACCACCACUUUGGAUUGAUUUUGCUCUCUGGGACAUCAGCACAUGGCCCCAGUCACCACUACCACAUCCAAAUGUAAGUCACUGAGAAACAUUUAAUAUUUAUGAGUUAGUAACGACAAGGGAUAUUGCAUAAAGUACUGUUCACUAGUAUACAUGCCUAAAAAGUUAUUAUAAAUGUGUUUAUUAAACACAUCUUGAAAAUUGUAGAUGUCCCUCUAUAUUCUAGUAUAGUUUACCAUAGAUUUGUAAUAUGAAAAAAAAAAAUUCAAACCCACUAUUUCCACACAGGAACCUGCUAAUAGAACUUGCUAAUCAAAUAAAUGUCAGAUGAGAUUCUUUGCAUGCUGAUCCAACAUAUUGUAAUGGUCCCUAAACUAAGUCUUUCUCAAGUAGUCUGCGGACUUGGACUUGGGCAUGGGUUCUAUGUUGACCAUGCAUGUGACCUUUAUAAAUGGUUUCAUGGCUAAAAUAUUUAUCUGGGCUACUGGGUCAGCCAUUGACUGAACAGAUGGGUGGAUGUAGACAUUGUUUUAGCGAUUUUUAAAGCCAGACCAACCAGUUGUUCCCCUGAAAUAAGUAAAUAGACACAUGGUUUCAGCAUCACAUGGCCAAAAGUGAUUUUGCCAAUCUGGACUUCGAGGGAGACCAAGCCAGUUUCCUGUGUCUUUCUGUCUCUUCCUUAGCAAAUGCUCUCCUUUUUCUUAAUAGAAUCUAUAUAUUUACUAUAUUAUUUAUACCCAGAUGAAUAUUUUGAUAGCUACUUAAGACAAUAACACAUCUAAAAAUUAACAUCUCAAUGGAGAAAAAAACUGAUCAUUCUCCGGCAACGUAAUGCGAUUUUUUUACAUUAUGAAAACCAUGUGUGUUUGCCUUCCCUGAAUAAACCGAAAGGGUUGCCUCAGUAAUUUUUACAUACAUUUUGGGUAACUGGAUAAUGGAUAUUUUAAUGCACUUUGUACACUUACAGGUUCUAAAUAAAAGGGCCUAAAACUCAGUUUCUGAGUUUUUAAAAUCAUAGUCUCCAGGUACCAAUAAAUGCUACAGUUUGCCUUAUGAUGUUAACAUAAAUCAUUUUACUAGAAGGACACUAUUUCCAUGAAUAUAAUGUUUUUCAAUGUCAAGAUGUUACUACUCAAAUUUUCACUGCAAGCCUUUUAGGAUAUGUUUGGCUAUUUUUAUAAGGACAAGACAGAUUAUGUUAUAAUUUUGUUGUGGAAGUCUCACUCUUGGCUAACUUAAAAACAUGGAUGUAGCAGUUACUAUUUCCAGGUUGUCGGAUUUACAGGAAAAUAUGUAUAUGGUGAAAGGCCACAGUGUUUAAUAACUGUAAUGAUGUAGAAAAGAUUCUCAUGUGGAUUUUUUGAAAGUCUAAAAAAUAUAUACUGUAAACAUUUGGCAGUAUAAUUAUACAUUCUCUUUAAAUGGUUUAGAGUCACAAUAUUUUCUUUUUCAAGGUCUUCACAGGAAGCAUUUGGAUAUAGGGACAAAAGAGAUGGCAGUGCCAGAUAAAUCAGUAGGACAAAACUGAUGAAAUGCCAACCAAGGCUGCAAGGGCCGGCAUCAUGGGUGUGUGAAUGGCACAAGUUGCCCAGAGCCCUGGCGCUCUGAAGGGCCCUAAGCUUGGUUUGAUGCUCUCCUUUCACUGUCAUGAAAUUCUUAAUAGUUUUCCAACAAGGGGCCUGCAUUUUCACUUUGUACAGGGCCCUGCAAGUUUUGUAACCAGUCCUCAUAAUGGAACUCAGAAACAUGGUACCUCUCUUCCUAGUGGAUAGAAAUACAUAAAUCUGAAAUCAAAGUUGAAAGUUGCUGGCCACAUCAUUCAAGUAGGAAUCUAAAAGGUGAAUUAAGAUGAGGGUGGGUCUAGCUAAACAUUUUUCUUGCAGCUUUAAGAGAAAAUGACUUCAAUAACUGACUUCAAACACUGAUAAAGGUCUCUGCUGGAGAAGAGGAAAUGGCCUGAGUAUACACAGGCUUUUUAUUAUGGUACUGAUAUGUUGACCUUGAAAUUCUUGAGGAACUGAACCAGUGCCCUCCAUUCAACGUGGAAUUCCACCCCAGCUCCAGGCACAUGUGUAGUGCCUGCAGAGACACGUGCCUGUAUGCUCACAUUCAUGUGUAUUUGGCAUUGGGAAGUUGACACUUGAUCUUCCUUGAUAAAACAUUGAAAAGCACACAAAGACAAUGGUGACAGCAGGAGGAAUUUCUUGAAAACAGUGCUUCUCAUCCAGGACUUGAUUUUGCCCCUGAGAAGACAUCUGGUCAUGUCUGGAAUCAAUUUUGGUUGUCAAAAUCUGGGGAAACAGUGCUACUGGCAUGUAGUGUACAGAGGUCUAGGAUGGCAUUAAACAUCCUACAGUGCACAGUGUAGUUCCCCACACAAGAGUUAUCUGGCCCAAAUUUUAAGGUGUAAACCCAUUCAGACACUCCCGUUUGUUGGGUUUUUGUAAAUACAAAACUCAUAAAAUGCCUUUUACUCUUUCAGUAAGUGAUUCAGUGCAUGCUAAAGCAAAAACAAGAAGGAAAAAGCAGGAGUCAUCAGUUCAAAACCUUCACUGUGGUGGCUCCUUCACUUUCAAGAAUAUUUACAAAAUGUUUAUGAAAAUCAAAAAUCUGUGGAGCAAGCCAAGCCUGUGCAAGUGGGAGUCACUGAUAAGUAUCUCGAUCUGGAUGAGUUUAGUUUGGAAAUGAGAAGCUGGCUUUCUUCAUGCCUCCUUGCACCUGGACAAAUUGAACCCCUGAUACUUGAGUCACACUGCCACACCCUCAGUCCAGACUAUUCUCUUGAUUGCUGUUGCUUCCUGGUUGAAAAUAAACUCAUUUUUGUGGCACCAAAACAGGUCUCUGCCUGUAGC